UCUUUUAUUUGGCCAGAGUUUUAUAGUGGCUACAGUCACUUCCAAGUUUCCUUGUAAGAGAAAAUGUACCAAAGGCAUAUGAUGUGUGCUGGAUCAAAGCUGUCUUUUAAGGGUUUUGCAUAGGGUUUUGCAGCUUCAGGGCCACACUGAGAAACUCUGUCAUACAUCAUUCAAUAAUAAAAGUAGAAGCAAGGGACUCUCCAGAAGCUGCUUAGAGGAGAUUAUGAAAAGAGCAAGUUCAUAAAGAUCCAUUUUUACAUAAUGCUACUCCUAUUUCAUGUGUGAUUCCUUUGACUGACUUUAUAUAAUAUUGUAAUGUUGGCACACAGCAAGGUAAGGUUUUUUUGACAAUUACUGCAUUAAAGAAACUGAUGCUUUUUUUUUUAUUAUUUCAACCUUCUGCAUCUCUGUAAAUCUUCAAAUAAAACAUUAUCCCUGCCUACUCUAAAAUUACCAAUUCCUGGAUCAAAUUUAGCAAUUAAUGUCCACCUGAGCUAAUGGUAGAACUGGGCACACACAGCCAGUAAAAGAGAAUGUAUGUGAAGAGAGUAUUAAAGGGCUUUUGGACUUUGAAGAGAUUUUAGGGAAAAACACUUAAUUAGACUAAAGUACUUCCAUGCAAUUCACAGUCCUAAUAUUACCUGAACCACAUUAAAACUGAGCUUGCUCAAAUUCUGUUGUCAGAGACUUCCUGCCCUUCCAAGUCUUUAGGUAUGCAGGCAGCAUAUAAUCUCCUAGAGUGUAAAUUUAUCACUGUUGUCUUCCUAACUGCCUGUCUUCCUGAUGCCUGUUUAUACAUUUUUAUUCCACGGAUUACUAAUAGCUCAAAAUCAGCCAGAAAGAAAAUUAACUUGUCACUAAGAAGGAAUUAUAUGUUUUUCUCCCUUAAGCCUAAAGCAAAUCUUUGAACUGAAACCCACACACCUCAAAUGCUUCCUAAAAAUCUCUGACAGCUAAGUGGAGUAUCUGGAAGUUUUCCACUCCCUUCCUCACAGUGCACUGAGAUUGAUGCUAAGCCUUCAUAUCCUUAAUAUCUAUUUUUUAAAUUUUAACUGUAUGUUAUUAAUGGUAUUGUUACAAAUGACAAUACAGUAUUGGUUUUCACUUUUAUGUAUUGGCUUUAGCAUAUUAUUAUUAAUCACAAAGAUUUUGAUAUGGUACAAUUUAUAUUUACUUUCAACUGCCUUUGGUAUAGUAUAAUCUGUCAAUUUCUGUAUGUACUGUAUAGCUUAUAUAAACAGUAGUGUGAUAAAUAUAUCUUAGACCAUAGCAUAAUAUUAAAAUAAACACUAUGUGAUGUUAAAAUGCUUUUUUCCUGUAAUUCAGAGAAUGGUGUUAAAUAAUUAGGUGAUUCCCUGCAUUUGUGGACUAUCUUAUCUGAAAGACAAGAUAAUGGUGACAAAAAGCAGAACACCAAAAAAAAUAAUUUAUUGAUUCCUCGUCAUCAGGGAGUGUAAAAACAGGAUGGAACCACGGGAAGAAAUGAAAUGUAUUGAUCUAAUCAACAGGAUGGCAUGCAGACAAGUGAAAGGUAAAAACCAAGCAAGAAAAUCCCUGGAACAUCUAAACUCACAAGAACGUUUGAAAAAUAUAUAGAACUCAUUAAAUGUAUGUACCCCUGUAAUGUAACAGUAUAUCGAGAACACUGUUUUAGCUAAGGAUGUCUUUUCUGGCCGAUCGCCGAAACACCCCAGCGCUAGAAAUUUGUCCCUUUUUGCCCGUUAUUAAACUUUUUAAAAUUCUAAAGAGUAAACUUUUGCUUCUCACGGCACUGAAAAUGCUUUUCAAAGAUACGUAGCUGGGACACCCAACUCCUUUUUAAAACACACAGGUGUCACUAGAGAGCCGGAGCCGUGGGUUAGCGGUGAAUGACCUCAGCACACCCCACUUCCGAAACGCCCCUGACCGAAUGUUAGAGCAGCGGUAGAACUAUUUCAGAUUCAUUCCGAGGAUGGAUAAAGGCGCAACUUCUAAAUCGUCAUCUGCUGUGCUCACCUCAAAUGCUGCUAAAGGAUGGAUGAAGAAGAGGAAUGGAGGAGCAUUACAAGCUGCAAAAUGGAAUGCUUCUUUAGCUUCUAAAAUCAAAACUAAAUUAUUAAAUAACUCAUCUAUAUUUAAAAUAUCUUUACAACAAAAUAACAAAGCAUUAGCUGUGGCUUUGAGUGUUGAAAAAGAAAAUUCUCGCAAGCUAAAGAAUGAGAAGAUUUUUCUUCAGAAGGAAGUAGAAAAACUCCAGCUUCAUAAUAUCUCGCUUCGUCAAAAGCUAACCUGUUUGAAUAAAACUCUUCUUGGAAUAAAUGCAUUUUUGAAUGAGAGCCUCUUAACUGCAAUAGAAAUAAGCAGUCCUUCUGAGCUUCUCCAGAGUUCCUUUCCUCUGUCAGCUGGCCCAAGCAGCCCUACUGGUGAUGAGUUCAGGAGCACACAUCAGUCAGAUCGAUCUGUAGAAUUGCCAGCAAAGCUUCCUUUCAUUGCAACAGCUAAUGCAAAGCAGCAAGGUAGCUCUUCUCUGGGUGGAGCAUCAAAUUCUCACAAGCAUACCACUAAUUUGACAGAGGAAAUGCAUUCAGAUCAAGUCAACUUUGCAUCACUCUUGCCUUCUGGUACAAAUAAACAAAAGUUAGUUGAAACAGAACCAAUGGUUGACAAGAAUAGAUUUUUGAAAGAAAAUCAAGGGUGUGCAGAGUUAAGUCGCAAUAAUGCCUUCCUGACUCAUGGAAAAAAUACACAAUCCUUAGAACCAUCUGAGGAGCCUACAAAACAAUAUCAUGGCAGUUCAUUGCCAUCCUAUGAAAAUGUGACUAAAAGAAAGAAAAAUGCAGUACUUUGUAAGUCAAAAACUCAAUCUUAUCUAAAGGAUUUUGAUAAAAAAUGUAGGUCAUUGAAUCUGCCUCAUGAUGAUAUCACCAGUAGCAGCAAUGCCAAUGAUAGGAAUUUGCAGGGAGGUUCAAGUGACUUGUCUUACAUUAUUCCUUCACCUCUUAAAUUUAACAGUGAAAGUAAGACAGAUAUUAACAAGCUGCUUUUUACUGACAAAAUGAAGCCUGAUGAAACUGUUUAUGAUGCUGACAUGGAGUUGACUGCCAGUGAUGCAAGUGAACUACUCACAGUUACAGCAAAAGGCAAUUAUAAAUCGCGCCAAAGUAAAAUUAAUAGUGCUAAUUCUGACAAAUUACCAAAUUUCAGAAAAGUAAAAUAUUCUAAGGAUAAAGAAAAAAUUAAAAGCAAGACUGAAGUCCAUUCAAAUGUCCAAGUAGAAGAAAGGCACUCUAGGGCUGACAAUAAUGAAAUUUCAGAAACUACUGAUUCACCAACUCAGCUAUCCCAAAGUCAGACAGAACAGCUACCUACACAAAAUUCUGUGGAGCAACAGAGUAGAACAAGUAAAGCUAAGGAUACCAGGAGGACAUACCAGAUUAAUGUAAUGAGUGCAAGAAAACAAGAGACAAAUAAAGGAACUUUCUCAGAAAUGUCUGGAGAAAUGGAAAGUAGAGUACAAAAAAGAGACUCAAGAUCAUCUGCUAACAAGAUCCCACCAGAAGUUUACUGUGCUGAAAAUUUACCGUUCCAAGAUAACAUUUCUGAUGAACUGCCUUUACAGAAGGGCUUUCUGAAUACAAAUGAGAAAGAUAACAAACUGACAGUAAAGAGGAAAACUUCUCAAAACCUUUCCAAAGCAAACAUAGCAAAAUCCUGUAGAGAGGAAAAUGGCCAGUACGGACAAUAUAUUUCAAAAAAAUCUCCAACAGAGAUAAACCAAUGUGACAGCAACAAGAGAAAACAAGACCAAAAAAAUAUUAUAAAGAGAAAAAACAACAAAAAAAGUAGUCACAGACAAGGUAGAGAAACUGAAAAUGACAGCCCUCAUAAAGUCAGUCAGAAAAUAGACCAAAAGAGCAGCCAGCAUUCACCAGGCAGAUUGAAGCGUGCAUUGUCAAAGGCCAGCCGGAAAGCAUAUGUAAUACCAAAGGAAACUCUUACAAGGUUCUCAGUUUGUAAAAAUGAGGAAUUAAAAAAUAAGGAUUCAUUGCUUGCUGGAAGGGCUGGAAAGAAAGUAACUGUAACUCAGCCAAUGCAAGUAGUUUUAGUUACUCAGAAUGGUGUAGCUAUGAAUACAUCACAAGCUGAAAAACAGGUUGAUAAUGAUGCUAGCGGGUUAAAGAAGGUAGAUUCCUCAGCGUUGGCAAAUGAAACCUCCCAUAUAAGUAAUUUUCCUGAUAAGCAUGUAAAACAGAAACAGAGGUUUAGUUCUGAUAUUACUGAGACCAGACAAGAAAAAAGAAAAAGUUAUUUCAGGCAUAGUGAUCAGGGGGGUCAGAAUAUUUUGGAUGACCAGGAAGUCCCUCAUGAAAUGAAUUCUUUUGUGAGUAAGUUGAAGCCCAUGAUUGAAGUUGAAUGGUGUAAGAAUAUGCCAUUUAAGGCAGUUAGCUUUUCUCAGGAGGGCUUUUGCAAUGGGGAGCUCCCAGCUCUUGAUAACCACAAUGCUUCCAUCAAUUUCUCUAUACUGAAAAGCCCUGAAAUCCAUGGGCAAAAUGAUCAUAAUGAAACACUGGAUGCUGAAAAAGAAGAACAAAAUAUGGAUCAUAUUUCUAAACAGAGUAACAAAAAUACUCUGGCACCUUGUCAUGGAAGAAGAGCUUUCCAAGAUCUGACAAAUACUAGUAUACAACUUCACACUUCUGUCCCUAAAUCCCCCCAAAUUUUAGAAGACUCAGCAGCACCACUGAGACGAAGCAGACCCACUAUUUGCUACAAGGAACCCAGUCUAAGCAGAAAAUUAAGGCGAGGGGAUGAAUUUACAGAUACACAAUUCCUGAAUUCCCCAAUCUACAAAGUAAAAAAUAAAAGAAAUUUUAAAAGCAAAUCAAAAUUUUAUUGAAGAACAGAGAAUUGCCUUUAGGGGCAAUACUUCUAAAAUGGGUACAAUUGUUUAUAUAUAUAUGUAAAUGUUUAGCAAUAUAGAGUAUUUGUUGUUCUUUGAUUAAUAAAGGUCUUCCACAGUGAAAUUUUCUGGAGAAGAACCUCUAUAAAAGGGACACAGAAUACCUUACUGAAGAAGGCAUAUACAGGUCAGGCUCGCUUGUAUUUUGCAUUUCUGGUCAGUAAUUUAUAGUCUGUUCAAAUGGCUUGCAGCACGUCUUAAAUUGUUAUAAAAUACAUGUUUUAAUGAGAAAUAAAAAUAAACCAGCUUUGGGAAUUGUA